UCGAUACAUUUUCUUCUAAUGUCUUUACUCCUUUUUCGAUCUCUCAACAUAUUUCCUGUAAUUCUUCUUAGUACUCUCAUAUCUGCUGUUUCCAGUAGUCUAUUUGUUGUGGCUGUAUCGAAUCAUUUUCUGAUGCAUAUGUCAUUAUUGGUCUUACACUGGCUUUAUAAAUUCUUGACUUCAUCUCUAUCUAGAUUUUUGGUCUCGUUAACAAUCAGUUUAUAUUAGUUUUCAGCAAAGCUAAGAUAUGCGGUGGAAACUAUGGGCUACUGUAAAGAUCCUCAGUAUAAAGAUGUAAAGCAAGUGCUGAGAAAUUUUACAUUCCGUCCUAUAAACCGAACGACUAAGAUUAUGGAAUGGGAUUUAGUUAUGGAUCGUGACGUGGAUAACACAACAGAAGCUCGCAUCGAAAUGGAAAGAUGGUCAGGGGGUAGAUGGAUAAAGAUGACAUUUUUGCCCUUCAUACGUGAUCCGUGUGUGAUGUUGCAACAAUAUUUCUCAGAACCCUGGGUUACAUUGAUGAAAAAAAUUCAAGUGGAGGAUCCUUACAGUUGUCCUUGGAAAGCUGGUAACUACUCCUUAAGAAAUUUGGUAUAUAGUGACGCAUAUUGUGCGGAGAGUUUAAUUCCAAUGGUAGGAAAAUACAGAUUUCAUGUGAUUUACAGAGAUAUCAAAACCAAAACGAUAUAUUGCUGUCUGGAAGGAAUCACUUCACAAGAAAUUUGUUAAUUGAGGAUUCAUUUUGU